UUUUUAAUGUAUGCACGAGGUGGAGGGUCGCGGUUAUAACCCGUCUGCCGCUUGGCACGGUCUGCUCUCCUGCUGAUGGCGAGUAAUGGCCGGGACUCGGCUGGUAACAUUGUGUCUCAGCUCUCGCAGCUGGCUGACAGGCAUUUGUAUUUAGUUCGGAGUAUUAGCACCGGCUUGGCUAUAGCAGGAGCCUUUUUGUUUGCAAAGAGUAUAAAACUGACCACAAAGUUCACUAACGCUAAAGGCAUUCCUGAGAAAUUUAUAAGGAAGAAUGUUAAACUUCAGGGGAAAUUACGUUGUAUUACGGAACAAGGUCUAGAAGUUGAACAUAUACCCAUUACUCUUCCUAUUGUUUCAUUUUUUCAAAAGAAAUGGCAUUCGGAUGGAAGUUUGCUCAUCAGACUUGCGGGAGUGGAGCUGACUGGCUGUGGCAAGAUCUGGUUACGAAACAGACUGCAUCCUUCUCAAAUGUUAUGGUUUCAGCUUCUUAGCAGAGAAGAUUCUGUACUUGAUUGUUUCAUUCUGGUCCACAGGAGAGGACUUUUCAAUGAGUGCCUGAAUGUGGAGAUCUUAAGGCAAGGGCUUGGAAAAGUGUCUCGCGUUCCGAGGAUAGAUGAACAUCCAACACUUUGGAAAUUUUAUAAGAGACUCUUGCAAGCAGAAGUCAAGGCGCAGAAAAAAGGAAAAGGCAUGUGGAAACGGGAAAGCCAGCUCAACAUGUUGACCAAUAAAAUGUUGAAUAAUAAUAUUGUACAAAAACUGAAACAACUUGCUAGUAAUAUAGUGAACUACUGGAAAAAAUACAGAACCUGAGUUUA